CCUCACCUAAUUCACCAAACCCCCGCAAUCAGCACCCCCACGCCACCUCCAAACAUGCCCCCCUCCUCCAGCACAGCACACACUCUCCCAGAACAAAAACAACGGAUUCUUUUUCCAUACACCACUCGCCUCCUUGACUCCCGAGACCACCCCAAAACCAUCUGCCCCUCAGAAGUCGCUCGCGCGCUGUCUAGCAGUGACCUCUCCACACUUGACUAUGUGACAUGGCGCGACGCCAUGGAUGAUGUGCGCGCUUUGGUGUGGGAAAUGCGAGCGAGAGGCGAGGUCGAAGUGCUCCAGAAAGGAGAGGUACUUGAGGAGGAGACGGAGUUGGAGCAGGUGAAGGGACCCAUUCGGGUGCGGACGAAAAUUGAUUGA